UGGUUUUUGGAAUAAUUUUAUAAUAAGAAAAUUAAUACACCCAAAUUUGUGUAAAUUUUUGGGGUUGGCGAAAAAUAUUCAAAAAUAAGGAUCAUUAAAAAUAGAGAUUUACAAUUUGGUAUAAAUAAAGAAAUACUGAAUAUACUUUUCUCAAUAUUUUCUAUCGAAAUAUUAAUAUAUUUUCAAUUGAAAGAUGUAACAUGGAGAAGUAUAAUGAUUGGGAGAAUGAAAAACUUGCAAAGGUUAAAAUAAAAGUCUUGCGAGGCCAUAAUGGUGGUGUUAACACUUGUUGUUUUUUAAACGGUGAAAAUUUAGUUGUCAGUGGUGGUGAGGAUAAAACUGUUAGAAUAUGGGACAGCAUUGACCCGCUUCACAAGCUGACAUUAACAGGACACAAUGAUGAAAUAACAUGUUGUAGAUCAUCUCCAGAUGGAAGAAAAAUAGCAUCAACAAGUUUAGAUAAAUAUUUGAUGGUGUGGGAUUCCACAACAGGACAGCCGUUGUUAAAGUCACAGCACGAUGGUAUGGUUAUGUCAUGCGAUGUGUCGUUUGAUGGAAAGUACAUAUUGUCUUGUUCAGACCUCAACAAUGCAGUUUUAAUAUGGGAUGUGAGGCAGAAGAAGUGUAUUAAAACUUUAAAUUAUCACACCAGCACAGUGCUGUCUUGUCGUUUUGCUCGUGGCUCACAUCGUUUCUGCUCCACAUCGAUGGAUUUAACCACUUACGUUUGCCAUUUGUGGGAUUACUGCGACCAAUUGGAUCCACAUUUUUUGUUAAAACUUAAGGGUCACAUCAAUAUGAUUGCUUCAUGUGAUUUCUCUGCUGAUGAACGAAGACUUUGCACAGGAUCAUGGGAUAAAACUGUAAACAUAUGGGAUGUCAAUGCUGGUACAUAUAGGAAAGAAGGCCCGUUGACUCUAAAAGAUGGUCAUGAUGGAUGUGUGAGUGCUUGCCGAUUUUUCAAAGAUGGUUCUUCCAUGAUUUCGGCGUCAUAUGACGAGACUUUAGUCGUGUGGGAUGUUGAAAACGCAUGCAAGAAAUUUUCUUUGGAGUCGCACACUGGUUGGGUUACUGAUUGUGAUUUAUCUGACGAUGAAAAGAGUGUAAUUUCUUCAUCAAAGGACGGAACUCUUCGAUUUUGGGACAUAGAGAACAGUGACGAAAUUCCGGUUAUUUUGCAGAACAAGAAAAACAUUGGAUUGCGACUACUACAGUGUCAAGGUUGUACCAAACAGUUCUCGAUUGCCCAAGCGCAAGAUGCGUUAUCAAUAAAAUAUUGUGUAUUUUGCAGACUGGAACGACAAAGUGCACUGUGACGACAUUUUGCCGUCGCGUUUUGUGAGUUUAAGUUGAUGACACAUUCUUUUAAAAUAUGCAACGGACGAAUUAGGAUACUGGUGCUGCGUUAGUAAUUUAUCAAAAAAAUGAACGAAUGUGAGCUAAACCUUUUUUAUAAAAACAAAAGAUGUACUGGAAUUGCGCGCUUGUUUUUAUCUACUGAAGAAAUAAUAAGCGUAAAUUAACAACUUUGGUGUGUGUUUUACUCAGAGGAAAAGGAUCUUCGUUAAUUGUUAAAUUUCUUUUCAAUUUUUGAGUUUAGGUUCUUGAUUCAGUGUAUUUGACGCUGCUGUUUUAACCGAUAUGCUUCGUGUCGGUAUUUUUUCACGUUCCCAAAUGUAAUUGUUAGAUGUAAUAUAUAUAUAAUUUAUGAAGUACAUGUACAUAUCUAUAAUUUCUUUUUAAACCCUAAAAGUAACGUCCACUUGUA